UCUCUUUUCAACGCCUCAGCCCUCCCGUCCCCACGGCCUUGACCUUGGAGCCGCGUUUAAGCUGGGGGCAGAUGAACUGACCCCGCGAGCGGGAGUCCGAGGAAAGGCCCCUUCGCUGUGGCGGCCGCCCCGUGCCCGAGCCCCGCGAAACCGGAGCCCUGGGGUCUCGCCCCCGCCCUGAGGCCCCGCCAUGCCGUCCGUACAGCUGCCGCCCAAGGAGAGUAACCUCUUCAAACGGAUCCUGAAAUGUUAUGAACAGAAGCAGUACAAAAAUGGCCUCAAAUUUUGCAAGAUGAUUCUGUCAAACCCAAAGUUUGCUGAACAUGGAGAGACCUUGGCUAUGAAAGGGUUAACAUUGAACUGUUUAGGAAAGAAAGAAGAAGCAUACGAAUUUGUUCGUAAAGGACUUCGAAAUGAUGUCAAGAGUCAUGUGUGUUGGCAUGUAUAUGGACUUUUGCAGCGUUCUGAUAAGAAAUAUGAUGAAGCUAUAAAGUGUUAUAGAAAUGCCCUCAAAUUAGAUAAAGACAACCUACAAAUCCUGAGAGAUCUCUCUUUGUUACAAAUCCAAAUGAGAGACCUUGAAGGCUAUCGUGAGACACGAUAUCAACUUCUUCAGCUGCGCCCAACACAACGUGCUUCAUGGAUUGGAUAUGCUAUAGCAUAUCAUUUACUGAAAGAUUAUGAUAUGGCACUAAAACUAUUGGAAGAGUUUAGAAAGACUCAACAAAUUCCGCCUAAUAAAAUAGACUAUGAGUAUAGUGAGCUGAUAUUGUACCAGAACCAAGUGAUGAGAGAGGCAGAUCUAUUUCAAGAAUCUUUAGAACAUAUAGAAACAUAUGAAAAACAAAUAUGUGAUAAACUUGUAGUAGAAGAAAUAAAGGGAGAAAUGCUGUUGAAAUUGGGAAGAUUAAAAGAAGCAGGUGAAAUAUUCAAAGACUUGAUUGAUCGGAAUGCUGAAAAUUGGAAUUACUAUGAAGGCUUAGAGAAAGCUCUGCAACCUAGCACUUUAGAAGAGAGGCUUCACAUAUAUGAAGAAAUAAGUAGGCGGCAUCCCAGAGCAGUUUCACCCAGAAGAUUACCUUUAAACUUUGUCCCAGGUGAAAAAUUUAGAGAACUAAUGGAUAAGUUCCUGAGGGUUAACUUCAGUAAAGGCUGCCCACCCUUGUUUACCACUUUGAAAUCUUUAUAUUACAAUACAGAAAAGGUUUCUAUGAUAGAGGAACUUGUUACUAGCUAUGAAACUUCUCUGAAAACUUUCGACUAUUUUAGUCCUUAUGAAAAUGGAGAGAAGGAACCUCCAACAACACUACUCUGGGUUCGAUAUUUCCUGGCCCAGCACUUUGACAAACUUGGCCAAUGCUUAUUGGCUUUAGAUUACAUUAAUGCUGCAAUUGCAAGCACUCCAACUUUAAUAGAAUUGUUCUAUAUAAAAGCAAAAAUUUAUAAGCACAUGGGUGAUUUGAAGGAAGCUGCUAAGUGGAUGGAUGAAGCACAGUCUUUGGACACAGCUGAUAGAUUCAUAAACUCAAAAUGUGCAAAAUACAUGCUACGGGCAAAUAUGAUGAAAGAAGCAGAAGAUAUAUGUUCCAAGUUCACAAGGGAAGGGACGUCUGCCAUGGAAAAUCUAAAUGAGAUGCAGUGUAUGUGGUUUCAGACAGAAUGUGCUUCAGCUUAUCAGAGACUGGGGAAAUAUGGUGAAGCUUUAAAAAAGUGCCAUGAAGUAGAAAGGCAUUUUUUUGAGAUAACAGAUGAUCAAUUUGACUUCCAUACAUACUGCAUGAGGAAGAUGACUCUUCGGGCCUAUGUUGACCUUUUGCGAUUAGAAGAUAUUCUCAGGAAACACGCUUUCUAUUUCAAGGCUGCUCAAUCAGCAGUUGAAAUAUACUUGAAAUUGCAUGAUAAUCCAUCAACCAAUGAAAGGAAAGAACAAGAAGUGAAUUCAGAAAACAUUUCAGCCAAAGAGUUAAAGAAAAUGCUCAGCAAGCAGAGAAGAGCCCAGAAAAAAGCUAAAUUGGAGGAAGAGAGGAAGCAUGCUGAAAGAGAACGGCAGCAAAAAAAUCAGAAAAAAAAAAGAGAUGAGGAAGAAGAAGAAGCCAGUGGUCCCAAGGAAGAAUUAAUACCUGAAAAACUUGAAAGGGGAGAAAAUCCAUUAGAAGAAGCUAUCAAGUUCCUUAUACCACUUAAGACUCUUGUUGCUGAUAACAUAGACACUCAUCUUUUAGCAUUUGAAAUAUACUUUAGAAAAGGUAAGGUGACUGAAACCUUUUUUUCUUUAGUUUGAAUCAUUGAUUAUUUUAGGAACCAUAGAGAUUUACCUUUGCUGUCCAUUUUCACCCUCAACAGUUUCACAGGUGGCCAUGACCAAAGAAUUAAUUAAGUGCCCAAUCCUAUGAUGAUGCUUUUUGAAUUUAUAGCUAGGCCAU